AUGUUGGAUCAGACCUGGCAAGUUGACGGUUCCGGCAGAGCUCUGCCCGACCUCGAGGGAGGAGUGACCAACAGCGAGAUAAGUCCAGGGAAUGCAAACUACACGCCCGGGCAACAAUCCAUACCUAUUUGGCCCACAAACUGGCCUAUAUCAGCGCCUGAAGUAAGAAUUUCGCGUCCAGUCAAGAUAGAAAGAGAUAUGCAUACGAUCACAAUCAAAGGCUUUCGUACUCUCGGUCUGGCCUCCACUUUCAUCGCUGGAGUAGAAGCCCAGUUCUUCGGUACGAUCGCCGCGAUUGAUACACAAGAUGACAUUAUACUGCAAACCAGCAGCGGCUUCUUAUUGGUAGGAAUUUUGUUCUCGUCUUUUGGAGCAAUUGCCGCAUUUCUAUCAGCACGAUGGUUUGAACUCCUGAACGCCGAGGAAGUAGGGUGGUUGGAACAUAGGUGGGCAUAUGCACGUCGUGAGACAGACAAACCCAUACCCUGGGUUCAGAGCUUGAGGGUUCGGUACCGAGUCCGUAACUGGUUUGUUGCCAAGUCUUUGAUGCUGCCUUUCUAUAUGAUUCUAUUUGGUGGCAUAUUCUUCGUGGCAGGUGUUGUGCUUUACACCUGGGCUACCCAGCCACGGUUGAUUUCGGUCUUGUGCACAGUAGUCACGGGGCCGGCGCAAGCACUCUCAGUACAAUCCUACCAUAACGAUAGCCCACCGUUUAUCGGCACCAACGAAGGGAGUCUUGAGCACCGGGAGGUCCCCCACCUUGACCUGAGUCUGGGGCCUGAACGACCAGCAUCCCGGACUUCAUCCCAGGCCAACAUCAAGCUCCCCGUCGAGCAAGGUUUAUCUCGCUCCCGUCUCCAAUUCUCUCGUGCUACGAGUGCGUUUGGCGCAUCUGUGCCUGGUUCACCUGAAGAAAAGGAGUUUGCAAACUCCCUCCCCAAUGGUUCCUACGAAACCGAUGCUGAACCUAGCCCCCCGCGCGCCCCAACCCCCUUCAGGACCGACUUGGACCCCUCGAGUUACCACUUUCCUCGCCAUCGCCUCAAUACACAAAUGGCCGAUGAGGGGAAAAUCCCACUUGUAAUCGUCGCUUGCGGUUCCUACUCACCCCCCACCUACCUCCACUUGCGUAUGUUUGAAAUGGCCAAGGAUGCAAUUGUUGAAAAGGCGAAAUAUGAGAUCAUUGGCGGAUAUUAUUCACCCGUAUCGGACCAGUACAACAAGCCCGGAUUGGCACCUGCCGUCCACCGUGUACGGAUGUGCGAGCUCGCUGUCGAUCAAACGUCAAACUGGUUAAUGGUUGAUCCUUGGGAGGCAUCUCAACCCGAGUACCAGCGCACGGCAGUUGUUCUAGAGCAUUUCGAUCACGAACUGAAUCAAGGUCCUAAUGGAGGAGUUCAGAUGAGAGAUGGGUCGCGAAGAAAGGUCAAAAUAGUGCUUUUGGCUGGUGGUGAUUUGAUAGAAUCUUUUGGUGCGCCUGGCGUUUGGGCGCCCCAAGACUUGCACGUUAUUCUGGGCCGAUUCGGUUGCCUUAUCAUCGAGCGUACCGGCUCUGACGUAUGGGCUUUCUUGUUAUCACACGACAUUCUGUAUCACCACCGGAAAAACGUCAUUGUGGUCAAACAACUUAUUUACAACGAUAUUUCUUCUACUAAAGUUCGUCUCUUCGUUCGACGCGGGAUGAGUAUUAAAUACCUACUUCCCAACUCGGUGAUUCAAUACAUCGAAGACAAUCGUCUGUACCGAGGCGAUGAGAUAGAUUUCGCAAUGAGCGAGGUCCAACUCAAGUAG